CCUUUUCCCGUCGUGUCAGCCAGGCUCGUCCAGCAUCACCGCCUCCUUUAUAUCCACCUCCCCCCGCCUUGUGUAUUUUCUAUCCUUCUGUUAUUUUCCCCCUUGUUUUCCACUCUUUCACCGCCGGCCGUAACAUGAACACUUCCGCGGUUAAUGCGCGUUUCUUCCCACGGCCGGAGCACCGGUAACCGCUCGAGAUUUUCCGUGUCGCAUCAGCCGCGCGCGACUAGAAGAGAGGGAGAAAAACAUCCCGUCCACGAACGAGCCGUGUCUUCCCACACCGAGACGUGUUUUGGUUCUCAUGUCUGCGUGGUUCCGUGUGGAAGCAGGGCCUCCAGCCCGCCGUCAGCCCGCUCUCCUUCCGCCUCUGCAGCAUCUCUGAGCCCGGGACAAGGAGCAGCGGGGGCCGGGGCUGAGGACCAGCUUCAUGCCCCUCCAUUCACUGAGCCCCUGGUUCUGCAGAUUGAAUCCGUCGCCUUAACCGUCCUCGCCUCUCUGGGCUCCUCCUCCUGCGCCUGGCUCCGCCCCCACAGUUCUCCGUGCCGGCUGCCCUGCCAUCGUGUCCAGCUGUGGCCCUCAAAGGGCGCGCUCGCUGGCGCUCACCUGACAGGUCCCUGGCCUCAGGACGACAGCCAGCAACAACACGUUCCCUACAUGAGGGACAAAGCCACGCAGACCCCCAGGGCCUGGGCAGAUGAGAGGAGGAGGGGCUCUCACAAACGCUCGGCCUCCUGCGGGAGCACCGACCAGCUCAAGGAGAUUGCCAAAUUGCGCCAGCAGCUCCAGCGCAGCAAACGCAGCAGCCGCCAUCGGAGGGACAAAGAGCGCAAGUCCCCGUUCAAUGGCAGCCACACCAUCAUCCAGUCCCAGACAUCUAUGCCCAAAACCAUCCUGAUACCCAUCCCUAUAUCCAAGUCCUCGGCUCCUCGUUUCCGUAACAGUGUGGAGGGCCUGAACCAAGAGAUCGAACGUAUCAUCAUCCGAGACACGCCUGAGAAGGAGGAGCCCAUCGUUCCGCAGGACGUCCCCGACGGGCACCGCGCGCCCCCGCCCCACCCCCCACAGCGCAGCAGCAGCACCCGCAGCAUCGACACGCAGACUCCAUCAGGAGGCGGACUGAGCGGCAACCAUAGCAACUGCAGCAGCCGYCCCGAUUCCAUCUCACCCUCCUACCUCACCGUCCUGAACGACGCAGCCGGAGGCAGCCCCUACGAGGAGAAAGAGCUGAGCCCCUGCUCCCCACUGCCCAAGUACGCCGCCUCACCCAGGCCCAACAACAGCUACAUGUUCAAGAGGGAACCUCCAGAGGGCUGCGAGAAGGUCAAAGUGUCUGAGGAGAACAUGCCCAAAGCCCUGCAGGAGAUCCCGCCCUUCCUGUGCCCUGACCGCAACAAGGUCAACUUCAUCCCCAACAGCGGCUCCGCCUUCUGCCUCGUCAGCAUCCUCAAGCCCCUGCUGCCCGCACCGGACCUCAGCUUUCGCUCUGGGGUGGGCCUCCGCAGCCUGUCCCCGUCCCUGGUGCCUCUGUCCACCCAGCCCUGCCUCCUGGAGGAGCCCGAGAGCUUCUGACAGCCCCGUUGGCCUUAAAGUCAACUCCCCCCAUGACUCUCUGAACAAGCCGGAAUCAGAAACAAACCCUUCUGCUCCCAAACGGACGAAACAAUGCCUUCAGCAUGCCAGCUAAGCUCUCUGAUGUCCUUUCUUAUUAAAAAAAGACAAAGCGCUUCCCACUGCCUCCUCCUCAGACGUGAGACUCCUGCAGGUGUUCGCAGCUUCAUCGCUUUCUUCUACCGUCAGCGCUGGUUCCUGCUCCUGUUCUGGGAGGAUAAAGGGGCGAAAAGACUUCAUCGUUUUAAACCAUGGCGCCUUUCCACGGACAUAUCUCUUUUUCUAUGUGUAGUUCUUUCUCUUGAUAUGAAUUAUGCCUUCCAUUACAAGGGGACAUUUUUUUUAAAAUGGCCGCUGGUUUUUCUCGGCGACUGCGGAGGCUAAUCUUUGGUGCUGCCAGACGUAUCGUAGCAUGAGCCGAAGGGUUGCAAGGAGUUCAACAUGUGCCUGAUGUUUUUUCAACUGCUUCGUUUCCCCCCCGAGUCAGCAGAAUUUAAAAUACGAGCAGGAUAUUUCUUUUUAAAUUUGACCAAAUCUGAUAUCUGUGUCGUAUUUUUCCUGAGCUGCUGCUCGGCGUGAAUCUGCGGGGAAACGCAGGCCGGGGCUUCGAUGUUAGCAGUCUGUUCCACUCGUGUCUGCUCACACCCCCACCCUUCUCAAAGCUGACGGUGCCCUUUUUUUUUACAUCACCAUCACCCGCUGCUUUUCCCCGUUGUUGGAUUUCUUCUUGUCUUGUUUUUUGAAGCACCUGAUGUGCUGGGUUCUGGUCACAGAGAGGUUCAUCAUCCCGGACCGCUACACUGACACCAUCACAUUAUGCUAACUCGUUACUAAAUGACUUUACCACAGACUCAGAGAGGAAAAUGACGUCACGUUAAAAUGGUGGCUUAUAUCAUCAACAUGUUGAUGAUAUAAGCAUUUUGAAGCAAAGCAUCUUCCUCAACCAGUUGUUUAAAAUUGAAAGGCACCAUCUAAUGUUGUAUUUUUGGAACCAGAGUUUGUGCAGUUGGGACUUAAGCUCUGCCCUCUCCACAACAAUAUUGCUUUUUAUGCAUCAAAACACUAUUUACAACUGUUUUAGAAAAGUCAAUAUUUGAACAGGUUCCUGAAAUAAUAAUAAUAAUAAUGUGGAUUUUUAUUUUUAGUCGCACUUUACGCAGACAGAAACAGAGAUGACAUUGACACAGCAGGUCCGAUUUUAUUAGCACUAUAAUUUAACCGUGACCUCCAUCAGACUCCAGCAAGGACAGACCACCGUCAUGAAGCCACCAGUAGGCUACAUCACACAGCACUGUGUUUACAGGAGGAAAUAUACAUCAUGCUAACAUUUUAUGGGUGCUUCAGGCUAGCAUCUUAUAGAUGCUAUCUUUUAGCAUGUUAUAGAUGCUACAUGUUAGCAUAGAUUCUACAGGCUAGCAUCUUAUAGAUGCUAUCUUUUAGCAUGUUAUAGAUUCUACCUGUUAGCAUGGUAUGGAUGCUACAGGCUAGCAUGUUAUAGACGCUAUCUGUUAGCAUGCUAUAGAUGCUACAUGUUAGCAUAGAUGCUACAGGCUAGCAUGUUAUAGAUGCUGUUAGCGUGUUAUAGAUGCUACCUGUUAGCAUUUUAUACAUGCUACAGGCUAGCAUGUUAUAGAUGCUAUCUGUUAGCAUUUUUAGAUGCCACCUGUUAGCAUUUUAUAAAUGCUACAUGCUAGCGUGUUAUAGAUGUUACAUGCUAGCGUGUUAUAGAUGUUACAUGCUAGCAUGUUAUAGAUGCUAUCUGUUAGCAUUUUUUAAAUGCUACCUGUUAACAUUUUAUACAUGCUACAGGCUAGCAUGUUAUAGAUGCUAUCUGUUAGCAUUUUAUACAUGCUAGCAUGUUACAGAUGCUAUCUGUUAGCAGUUUUUAGUUACUACCUGUUAGCAUUUUAUAGAUACGACAGGCUAGCAUGGUAUAGAUGUUACAUGCUAGCCUGUUAUGGAUGCUACACUAAGAAUUUUAUAGAUGGUACCUGUUAGCAUGUUAUUGAUGCUACAGAUUAGCGUGUUUUAGAUGCUACUUGUUAGCAUGUACAAAUCAAUUCUAAAGUUUUGACUGAAUUAUCUGACAUACACUUUUCAUCUAAUUUACUGGACUUGACUGCAGAUGAAAGUGGAGCUGUGUGUUUGUGGUCAGAUGUGUGUUGUUGGCCAGCUGACGACCUCUCUGUGGCUAAGCUCCGCCCCCAUCCCCUCCCGUAUUCCUGUAGAUGUCCCGACUUUAACCGUGCCUGCUACUGAAGGACAGGAAUGUACUGGACUUGUAAAUACAGAGGCACUGUGUUUGUGUUAUGGGCUGUCAGAGAACAAGUGUAAACAUACGACUACUCCUCCCGCCGAGUACUGUGAGCCACGACUCCACUCAUUGUUGUAAAAUAAUGCCGUAUUUAUUUCGCAAACAGGAGCGCCGUUUCAGAGGAUUCUAAAGCAGGAACCGGUCCGUCUCAGGUCACAGAGCUGAAGGAACCGAGCUCCUGGUGAACCAACAGCUGCCACUUACGUAGCCUCGCGGUGGAUUUCCUGACUUGACUUAAAAGUGUAGCAGAGUAGACGUAGAAAAGUGUGGGUGGAUUUCUGUUAGCCACUAAGAUGGAAAUGUACAAAAAUAACAACUCAGUUCCAAAAUCUGUCCACUUGCCGAAAAACAAUCAAAGUGACUGGUUCUGAUUUGUUGCAUCAAAGUUUACAAAAAUAAACAAGUUUUUUUUCUUUUCUAAGUGGAUAAACAGGAUUUUGGAACGAGGCGAGAAAAAAAAUGAACUGCCAACUUUUCAUCUUUUAAACCCCCUUUGACUGAAAUAAAAAGCAGAAUUGAAUUAAAACAAUAAAAGCAUCUUGGACUGACUUGAGAAAUACAUUCUUUUAUUUUGUAAACUGAGAAGAAACAGUGACGUGACAGAAGAUGAUCCACAAAGUGCUUUUUAGACAUCGUUUUCUCUCUGUAAAAUCUAGAAAUACAUUUAUUUCUUUAAAGCCUCAGAUGUGUCAGAAUCCAGUUUUAAACAGAAACAUGGGUAACAGUUUUUAAAACAAUCAGAUGUUUACAUACAUGG